UGAAAUACUGGCAUGAUGGAAAAUGAUACUGAAAUGCAUUGUAAAGAGAUGGCGUCAGUCCUACGCUUCUCGUUGACGACGCUUGAAGUAGCAGGGAGUGGGCAUAGACCUCUCAUCAGCUCUAUUAGAGGCCUGAGAACACAUGCACGUCUCCAUGAAGCUGCUAAACCUGCCGAAGCAAUCCCUGGUAUUCCAUACAAGAACAUGACCAUCGGUGUACCUAAAGAAAUAUGGCAAAAUGAGAAAAGAGUGGCACUGGCUCCAGCAUCAGUGACUGCACUUACCAAAAAAGGUUUCAAUAUAGUUAUAGAAGAUGGAGCGGGUAUGGAAGCCAAGUAUUAUAAUUCUGCCUUUGAAGAAGUGGGGGCUAAAAUUGUUGACAGGAGUUCUGCAUUUGGAGCUGACAUUGUGUUGAAAGUGCGUCAGCCACUGAUAGAGGAGGUAGACCUAUUGAGGGGCGGAAACACCUUGGUGUCUUUCUUGUUUCCUGCACAAAACCAGGAACUACUUAAGAAACUAGCUGCCAAAAAUAUGACUGCAUUUGCCAUGGAUUGUAUACCAAGAAUAUCUCGUGCCCAGGUGUUCGAUGCACUAAGUUCUAUGGCCAAUAUUGCUGGUUACCGAGCAGUGGUUGAAGCCUCUAAUCACUUUGGCCGUUUCUUCACAGGUCAGAUAACAGCUGCAGGCAAGGUUCCUCCUGCUAAAGUUUUGGUCAUUGGUGGUGGUGUAGCAGGUCUGGCUGCUGUUGGACAAGCUAAAAAUAUGGGUGCCAUUGUGCGUGCCUUUGACACUCGAGCAGCUGUCAAAGAACAAGUUGAAUCUUUUGGAGCAGAGUUCUUGGAAGUCCAUGUUGAGGAAUCUGGUGAGGGUACAGGUGGUUAUGCAAAGGAGAUGUCAAAAGAGUUUAUUGAAGCAGAGAUGGCAUUGUUUGCAAAACAAGCCAAAGAAGUUGAUGUUAUCAUUUCAACAGCUCUCAUCCCUGGAAAGAAGGCUCCAGUUCUAAUUAAAAGGGAACAUAUUGAGGCCAUGAAACCUGGUUCAGUUGUGGUAGAUUUGGCUGCAGAAAGUGGAGGCAAUAUUGAAACGACUGUUCCUGGUGAGGUAUCGGUUUACAAAGAUGUCACUCACAUUGGACUGACGGACCUGCCAUCACGUCUAGCCACUCAAGCUUCAUUUUUGUAUGGCAAUAACAUCUCUAAGUUCCUGCUCUCCAUUGGUGAUAAAGAUCAUUUUAAUAUUAACUUAGAUGAUGAAGUAGUGAGAGGGUCCAUAGUAUUGCAAAAUGGCAAGAUGCUGUGGCCACCUCCUCCUCCCCCUGAGCCUUCACCAACAGUGGUGGCAAGUACAGCAGCUGUAGUGAAGGAACCACCACCCCCACCCAAUUACUUCAACUUGACCCUUAAGGAUGCUCUCAUUUAUACCUCAGGUUUGGGUAGCUUGGUGAGCUUGGGCAUGGGCUCGCCCAAUGCUGCCAUGACUCAGAUGAUGACCACAUUUGCCUUGGCUGGAAUUGUGGGCUAUCACACAGUUUGGUCUGUCACUCCUGCUCUCCACUCUCCACUCAUGUCAGUUACAAAUGCCAUUUCGGGGAUCACUGCUGUGGGUGGUCUGCUGCUGAUGGGUGGAGGUUACUAUCCUUCGAACAUCAUCCAAGCCCUAGCUGCAUCUGCUGCCUUUAUCUCUUUCAUUAACAUCUUUGGUGGAUUUAUUGUUACUCAGAGAAUGUUGGACAUGUUCAAACGGCCAACUGACCCUCCAGAAUUCAAUUACUUGUAUGCCAUUCCUGCUGCUACCUUUAUUGGUGGUUAUGCAGCCACUGCUGCUGGUGGUUACACAGAGAGUCACCAGAUGGCCUACCUUGCUGCCUCCCUCUGCUGUGUUGGUGCCCUGGCAGGACUCUCAAACCAGAAGACUUGCAGACUGGGCAACACUCUUGGAAUGAUUGGUGUAUCUGGUGGCAUUGCUGCAACCAUAGGCCAGCUUGUACCAUCAAAUCCAGUGUUGAUGCAAAUGGGUGUUGCAGCAGGCAUGGGUGGAAUUAUUGGUACCACUAUUGCUAAAAAGAUUGAGAUUACUGACCUGCCACAGCUAGUAGCUGCCUUCCACAGUUUGGUUGGUGCUGCUGCUGUGUUGACAUGUAUAUCCACAUUCUUGCAUGAAUUCCCACAAUUUGCCACUGAUCCUGCUGCCAAUGCAAUUAAAACUGCUCUCUUCUUGGGAACUUACAUUGGAGGUGUUACAUUCAGUGGUUCACUGGUGGCUUAUGGCAAAUUGCAAGGUCUUCUGGAUUCUGCGCCCUUACUCCUACCUGGCCGCCAUGCCUUGAAUGCUGGUCUUCUGGCAGCCAAUGUGGGAGCGAUGGGUUACUAUAUGGUAGACCCCUCACUCACUGUUGGACUUUCAAUGUUAGGAGCAACUACUACCAUGUCUGCUCUCAUGGGCGUCACUCUCACAGUGGCUAUUGGAGGUGCCGAUAUGCCAGUGGUGAUCACAGUGUUGAACAGUUACUCUGGGUGGGCCCUGUGUGCUGAGGGCUUCAUGUUGAAUAACAAUCUCAUGACAGUUGUCGGUGCUCUGAUUGGUUCCUCUGGUGCUAUCCUCUCGUACAUCAUGUGCAAGGCCAUGAAUCGGUCCUUGCCCAAUGUCAUUAUGGGAGGCUUUGGCACUUCUUCAACUGGCACUGGAAAGCCCAUGGAGAUCACUGGCACACAUACAGAAACAAAUGUUGAGCAGACAGUAGAGAUGAUGACCAAUGCCAAGAACAUUAUCAUUGUACCAGGUUAUGGAUUGUGUGUUGCGAAGGCCCAGUAUCCAAUUGCAGAAAUGGUUGAUAUUUUGAGGAAGAAGGGCAAGAAUGUAAGGUUUGGUAUCCAUCCUGUGGCUGGUCGUAUGCCUGGACAACUCAAUGUUUUACUGGCAGAAGCAGGAGUACCAUAUGAUGUAGUGCUCGAAAUGGACGAGAUCAAUGAUGACUUCCCUGAAACAGAUCUAGUACUUGUCAUUGGUGCAAAUGACACUGUUAAUUCUGCUGCCGAAGAUGAUCCUAAUUCCAUUAUUGCUGGUAUGCCAGUCCUACGUGUAUGGGUGUCUAAUCAGGUCAUCGUGAUGAAGCGCUCUUUAGGUGUUGGUUAUGCAGCCGUCGACAAUCCUAUCUUCUUCAAACAAAAUACCAACAUGUUACUUGGAGAUGCCAAGAAGACAUGUGAUGCUCUUCUCACCAGACUCAAGGAACACUACGAGUAAUUGUCACUACAGAGUUAACAGUUAGAUGCCACUUAACUACUGUACCACCUAAAAAAAUUCCUUUGCAGUCAACUGAAUGUUCAGUUUGCUCUCAAUUUCUGAUUUUCUACAUCAGUUUUCUUUCUAAAUCUCAGGUUUACCAACUGGAAUGUAGACCAUU